UGUGAUAUCUGAAAUUUGAGAUUUUCAACUGGGUAAUUUUUAAUUUGGUUUGCCAUGACGUCCGACAGCGAAGUGGAAUCGGAUAGUGAAUCUCCACCGUCAAAGCAAAAACGAACAAGCAGUGGCUCUAUGGAUGAAUCUGCAGUCCACCAAGUUGCUCAAGACGAGGAAAUUGUUGUUGACGAAGAAGCACUUUCUGUUAACGGAUCUACGAACGGCGACAGCCAUUCGGAAGGCGAGGUAGUUUGGCUGGAUCCGGAGCCGCUUAUUCUCUUUGCCCGGGGUGCCAGAGAGCGCUUAAAGCCGGAAACCGGGGAUACGGCUGUCGGAAGAAUUUGGAAAACGAAGUCAUAUCGGGUGUUCCAAAGGCCGAAGUCUGAAAGACUGGCGGAAACUCAUUCUCUGAUCUUGAGUGAGCCAAAUGUGGACAAGGUCGUGAAUAACUCUUUGCCCAAGGAAUAUCAAGGAAGUGGAUUCUUUGCCGUGAAAAUUAAAGAAGGAGUGGUCGAAAAGGUGAAAAAGGUUUUAGAUUUACUGAAGCGCGACGGAAACCGAACGUGGUCACAGCGAACCCGUACUUGGUGUCAGUUUAAGCGAAAAAAUCAAACGUUUCAUGUCUUUGUGGUCUACUAUGAUCACAGCUGCGAAGGCUUCCGAAAAACUGUCAGUUUUAUUGUGGAACGCAAUAACUCCAGACGUAUGGAUUUUACAGUCUGCUACAUUGCGGUUGUGCGUUACUAUUGGUCGAAAGGAGUGACGCCAAAAUCGUUUGACCCCAGCAAAUAUCGGGAGGAAAAGCUUGGAGAAUAUUUCAAAAAAGAACUUGCUUCGAAGUUUGACCCGAAGUUGCUUGGACCAUCGACCGCACCGCGCCAUGCGCUGCAAGAAGUAAUUAAAGAGACUCCGGCUGAAAUAAUUCAAAUAAAUCCAUCGUUCCAGAUUUCGUCCCGGUAG